UUCGACUCUAAUCCAACGACACACACUAUGUGCUGCGAAUGGCUGCUGUCGAAGGCGAAGCCUUCUGAUUCAGCUGCGAUAGCGUCGCUCUUUGCACUCUCUUGGACUUCGCCCUUCACCCGGCUUCAGUUCGGGAAUGUCGACGCCCAGGCUCUCAGCACAACGAUGGCACCUUUCAUUGAACAGCAAAUAAAGCAACAGAACAGACAAUUCGUUGUGAUUCGCCAACCUGCCACAGAUGAGGUUGUAGCUGUAGCACAGUGGACCUUGCCUGUCGCCAAAGCCUUGAGCGAGGAUGAAGAAACACCAGAAGAGAACAACGAGCGACAGCAAUUUGAGGACGAAGCAUAUAGGAAGAAGCUACCAGAUAGUAGCAACAAAGAUCUGAUUUUGGAGUUCACCGUCGGUUUGAGAGAGCUGAAACAGCAGGUCCUCCAAGGACGGCAACACUUUCUGCUAGAGAACGUUGCAACACACCCUGAUUUCCGAGGGAGGGGCUUCGCAAGGAGAUUGGUUGAAUGGGUGUUCCCUCAGGCUGACGUACUAAACGUGCUGGUCUACCUCGAUACAGCGUCCGACAACCCUGCGAUGCGUUUGUACCAGAAAUUAGGGUUUGAGGAAAAAGGCCGUCACACUAUCCAGGACUUGAGCAAGUUCGUCACGAGCCAGGAGUUGGAGGUACAUGGAGCAAGCAAUGAUCAUACCCACGUUGCGUUUAUAAGGUAUCCAAACUGCGUCAGUUGAUGACUUACUCGGCGUUGGAGAAUGCAUGCAUUCGCUCCCUCUUGCAGCGACACUCAGACACGCUCUAUUUUGUGUGACAUUCAUCGUUACUGAGAGGGAACCAUCAUGCCAAUUUGUCAUGUAGUCACUUGCGAGAGCUCAUGCCCUGAUUCUAAGUCCCUGCGAACUCUACAGACUGCCUGGAAGAAUGAUUCUCUGCGUUGUAAUUUUGCUAUAUGUAUUUAUCAACACAUAUAUCUGCUACAUACGACCAUAGGAG